GGAACACGCGCUCACCCAGCGAGAAGAAGCCCCAGACGUCAGUUGAAUAUGGCGUUGAGCUGGAGAGCUGUCACCCGACUAUAGAGGUAAACAACUGCUGCCACGGCCACAACGUUUCUCUGAAAGUCAGCGACGGAGUACCUGGGACUGCCGAGGCCUGCUUGAGCACAUUUAUCUGCAUUUCAUCCUUUUCUGCCACUUUUGGGACUUGACGUACGCCGUAGAAAAGGGGCGGUAGGGCAGAAUUGACAGCUAACGUUUACCUGGAUUAUUUCACCGCAAAAUGUUUGCCGGUCAGUUUAGCUAACAAACGUCGACCGACGCGGUGGGAGCUUGCUAUCGAUCCUGCCAAGCCUCGGCUAUUCGGUCUAAUUCCCUCUCGCACUCAGCGCUAUUAGCCAGUCGAUAACAACACAACAUGAUUCCGUGAGCUGUUGCUCCAUUUUCGCUUGUCACACGCAUCGUAGGUAAUACUGUCAGUUCAAACUCAGCCACCGUAGCGUCAUAUGCCAGGUUCAUAUUGUUUUUACACUCGGCUUGUACAGCGUUAGCCUCGUAGCGUUAAGGAUAAUGUCAGAUAACCAGAGCUGGAACUCCUCCGGUUCCGAGGAAGAUUUAGAGCCAAGAGAGGAGCCUGGACAUCCCGUGGGUAUUGGCGAAUUCAGCGGAGUCCUCAGUAAGUGGACAAACUACAUCCAUGGCUGGCAGGACCGUUGGGUGGUGCUGAAAAACAACACAUUGAGCUACUACAAGUCCCAGGAUGAGACCGAGUAUGGCUGUCGAGGUUCCCUCUGCCUUAGUAAAGCUGUAAUCACUCCUCAUGAGUUUGAUGAGUGCCGGCUGGACAUAAGCGUAAACGACAGUGUGUGGUACCUAAGAGCACAAGAUCCAGAGCACAGACACCAGUGGAUUGACUCCAUCGAGCUGCACAGGAGUAUCAGAGAAGGGAGGAGAGAGAGGGGAGGAGUCCAGGGAACAAUAAUCAUCCCUCCACCACUGGCUGAUUCUGGAUAUGGCUCAGAGUCCAGUCUGCGGAGACAUGGCUCCAUGCUGUCUCUCACAUCAGCCACCAGCGGCUACUCUGCCACCUCCACAUCCUCCUUCAAGAAGGGUCACAGCCUGAGAGAGAAGCUGGCAGAGAUGGAGACCUUCAGAGAUAUCUUGUGCAGGCAGGUGGACACGCUUCAGAAAUACUUUGAUAGCUGCUCAGAUGCCGUGUCCAAGGAUGAGCUGCAGAGAGACAAAAUCGUGGAGGAUGAUGAGGACGACUUCCCCAACACCCGGGCUGAUGGAGAGUUUCUGCACAACAACAAUGGCAGCAAAGAAAAAUUGUUCCAGUCCUUGAGUCCCAAGGGAAUCAAUGGCAUAGACUUUAAGGGUGAAGCCAUCACAUUCAAGGCCACCACAGCUGGGAUCCUAGCCACUCUGUCCCACUGUAUCGACCUCAUGGUGAAGAGGGAAGACAGCUGGCAGAAGAGACUGGAUAAGGAGAUGGAGAAGAGGCGAAGAAUAGAGGAGAACUACAAAUCGGCCGUCAACGAAUUGAAGAAAAAGUCUCACUUUGGAGGUCCGGAUUAUGAGGAGGGUCCAAACAGCCUCAUUAAUGAGGAUGAAUUUUUUGAUGCCGUUGAAGCUGCUCUUGACAGACAAGACAAAAUUGAGGAACAGUCUCAAACUGAGAAGACGAGGAUACAGAGAUCCAGCCCUGUUCCCCUUGUAGACGUCUACUCCAGCACUGGCUCACACAGAUUUUCUGACAAGCCUCAUAGUCAGUCCUCCCCUGCCCUGAUAGUCAGGGCCCCUCCGCAUGAUGUCCACAGAUUCAGCGCAGAGGUGGAGGAGAUGGUGCAGAGUCACAUGACCUACUCCCUGCAGGAUGUUGGUGGAGAUGCCAACUGGCAGCUGGUUGUAGAAGAGGGAGAAAUGAAGGUGUACAGGAGAGAGGUGGAGGAAAAUGGGAUCGUUUUGGACCCACUGAAGGCCACCCACUCAGUAAAAGGGGUGACUGGUCACGAGGUCUGCCACUACUUUUGGGACACUGCCUAUCGCAACGACUGGGAGACCACCAUUGAAAACUUCAAUGUUGUGGAGACAUUGUCAGAAAACGCAGCAAUUGUCUAUCAGACACACAAGCGCGUGUGGCCUGCAUCUCAGAGGGACGUGUUGUACCUGUCCGCCAUGAGAAAGAUCUUGGCCAACAACGAGAAUGACCCCGACACCUGGCUGGUCUGCAAUUUCUCUGUGGAUCACGACGAUGCACAGCCAACCAACAGGUGUGUCCGUGCCAAAAUCAACAUCGCCAUGAUCUGCCAGACCCUGGUUAGUCCACCAGAGGGAGAUAAAGAGAUCAGCAGAGACAACAUCCUGUGUAAAAUCACCUAUGUGGCCAAUGUAAACCCGGGGGGCUGGGCUCCUGCCUCCGUGCUCAGGGCCGUGGCUAAGAGAGAGUACCCCAAGUUCCUCAAGCGCUUCACCUCCUACGUCCAGGAAAAAACUGCUGGCAAACCCAUCUUAUUCUAAAGCUCCCAGGUUUUCCAUCUUUUUCAGUGUUGAGACACAAGGACAGAUCUUCCCCUGAAGCUCUGAGGACCCACUAUCUUCAGACUGAAAGCUGCUCUGCUGCCAUGAUGGGACAAGCUCCUCAGAGGGCUGUUUUUUGUUUGUUUUUUUCCUUCCUGGUUACAAGUUAGUUCCAGUAGUGGAGGAAGGGUAACAAUGGCGCCCUCUGGUGGCUGCAUUCAGACAUCUGUGACACACCCUCUACCCCUAACAGAUAUUCAAAUGAAAAGAAAGUUAAUUGAACCCUGGCAGAGAUAUCGUGAUUUAUCAUAAUCAUUUGACCUGUUUUUUUCCCCGUCAUUGUGGUUUAUUGAUAAAAUACUAAAUUUCUAUUAUUCAAAAGGAUAUUAUUUGCCUCCUGAAUGAAUACACCAAGUAGUGGGCCUGUUACUUUCCCUCCCCAGAAGUUCUUGCAGCAGCUCCUAAUACCACAGUCGAUGCCAUCUUUCAUGCUCAUGUAGAGGACUGACCUGUAAGAGUAGCCAUCAUGUCAGGUUGUGUCUCUUUUCUAACAAAUAUUAAUAUAUAAAUGUAUGUAUGUUCCAUAAGAGGUUGUAAAAAUAAACAGAUCUUCGCUUAUAGACUGAAAUUUUUAGUUCCUAUAUUAUGUUGCUUUUUCAUAUUUUUCCUAAUUAGUCAUUUCCAAGCUUUCUUUUUAAGCUGCUGCAAACUUUGGCGAGUAAAACGUGUUUGAUUGAUUGAUUUGAGAUGACUAUCAUCUUGUUUGUAUUAAGUCCAGAGGGCUGUCAUCAUCCCAUGACCCCUAUGACAUAAGACUUGACCUUUUUGACUCUGUCUCUCUCAUGAAAACACCUCAUCUUGGUGCUGAUGGAGGGACAGGUCGAAGAGUUUUUCAUAUAUUUAAUGUACAAAACAGAUGUUGUUUUUGUUCUUUUCAUGUAGAUUAUUUGCUCGGCUUUGUUUUGUGUGCAUUGUUAAUAUGGUCCAGUGUCAUAGCACAUCCUGUAUUUUGAAUGUUAAAUGAAUUGUAAAUAGUGUCACUAACAUUUCCACCAAAGGUCUGCGAAGCGUUUUUGAGACUGAGUCGAGCCCAAAUGCCUUAGUGUUACAGGAAGAUGUAGCUUCAGAUGGGAAAAGGGUGCCGUUAGCGCACCCAUAAAAUCACUAGUGAAGUGCCUCAAGGCUAUGUUCCCCAUACUACCGUCUUUUCUCCAUUUUGAGUCAAUUUACAGUCCAUUUACUGAGGGCUAGCAGGAUAUUUUUACAAGUUCUGGUGUUAUGAAAAUGUCAGAUUCACUCAAAUUUAAUUUAAGUAUCGCCACCUCAACCUUUCUGUCAGUAUUUCUGGUGUUUGUUACAUGUGAUGUGUUCUGACAGUUACAUCGCUGAAACCAUUGUUAAUAUAGUCAAGUCAGGUCUUUGUAUCAUGUAUUUUCCGUCUAAUGUUAAUACAUAUGCAGAGCUGCCAAGUUUAGUAAGUACUCGAGUUGAUUUUUAGAGGAAUUAUGUACUUACAAUUCCUUAAUCGAAGCUUUAGUUGCUCAUUGUAAUACAUUUUUAAAGUGUUGUUCUUUAAGAGGAAAACCUUAAUUCUGGACUUUGGACCUUUUUUUUUUUUAGAAAUUGAAGUUUUUGAAGCAUAACUCAUUUGGUUUGUUACCUGAAUCAUUUUCCAGACGUACUUCUAACCUGGGUACUAUUUCGAUUUGUGGACAUCACAAAAUGUUUUUUCUCGGGUCGUUCUUAAUGAUGAAAGACUUGUAGCCGUUUUAUCAGUCUUCACUCUUAAGCCUUUUGAUUUUAGAGCUUAUAGCUGAAAGAUGUGGGUGAGAGACAAAGUGAAGCCAGAUGAUACUCAGCCUUUCAGCUAAGUGGACAGACGCCAGGCUGAACCUCUUUCACCCAAAAGCAGACAUUUGUAAUAUAACUUUAGUUAUUGCAGGUUGUUAAAAUCAGAAACACAUUUUUGUAAAUAAUUUGUUCAUACUAAUCCUGUGGGAUCAACUUACAAAUGUACUGUGACAACGUGGCACUUCUGCCCUGUUUUAAGAGUGAAAUAAAUAAGUUUAUCCUCCAGUUUUCCACGUUUGG